AUGAUUGUCGCUCACGCUCCAAAAACUUAUUUUAGUUCAGAUAUACAAAAAUCAUUGGGUUCUCUUCCUAGAUUUCCAUGGGCUAAAUAUCCCGGAGAAAAACAUCUUCCCGGUCAUAAUUACACUGGUCCAGGUACCAGGUUAGAUCUGCUAUUAGACGAAAACGAUAAACCCAAACCAGGCGAAGAACCUGCCAAUAGAGUUGACGCUGCUGCGCUUAAACACGACAUACUAUAUAGAAACAAAGACUUCAGACACGAAGCAGACAGACAAAUGAUAAUCGAACUUGAAAAUAUUCCUUAUCCAACUUUUAAAGAGAGAAUGGAAAGGGCUCUGAUCAUUAAACUAAAAGCAAAGAUGAAAUUAGGCAUGGGAUUAGCGGAUGAAAUUCAUAAAGAAAUUAGAAAAACUAAAAACUUUUAA